UCAACCAUGAAGAUUCUUAGCUACCUCGUGGUUUACCGAAGGUUCCUGCUCAUUGUCCUCACCCCACUGCUUUUACUUCCACUUCCACUUAUCAUCAAAACCAAAGAAGCAGAAUGUGCAUACACGUUGUUUGUAGUUGCCAUCUUUUGGCUCACAGAAGCCUUGCCGCUGGCUGUUUCAGCUUUGCUCCCUGCCUUUAUGUUCCCAUUGUUUGGUAUAAUGGAAUCCAAGGAGGUGGCAUCUGCUUAUUUUAAAGACUUUCAUCUGCUGCUGAUUGGAGUAAUUUGUUUGGCAACAUCAAUAGAAAAAUGGAAUUUCCACAAAAGAGUGGCUUUAAGAAUGGUGAUGCUGGUGGGUGUUAACCCUGCAUGGCUUAUGCUGGGCUUCAUGGUUAGCUGUGCUUUCUUGUCAAUGUGGCUCAGCAACACCUCUGCUGCUGCCAUGGUGAUGCCGAUUGUAGAGGCUGUAGCUCAGCAGAUCGUCAGAGCUGAAGCAGAAGCUGAUGCGCUGGAGAUGUCUUGCUCUAAUGGCUCCAUCAACCUGGCACUGGAGCUGGACGAAAAUAUAGGAGAAUGCGAAAGCAGUGACUUGAAAGAGAAACAAGUUAAUGGAUACGACAACAAUGUGGGUAGUACUGUGUGCACAACUGAAAAGGAAAAUGAAAAAGAAAAGGAACAGAACCUACCACCUGUUGAAGCAGGGAGAAAAAGCAAAAAGGACAAAUACAAUGGGAUUUUCAAAGUGAUGUGCUUAUGUGUUGCUUAUUCUGCAACCAUUGGAGGGUUGACCACAACCACAGGAACGUCAACUAAUCUGAUUUUUGCUGAGCACUUCAAUACACGUUACCCAACUUGCCAGUGCAUCAAUUUUGGAUCCUGGUUUGUCCUUUCUGUCCCCAUCACAGUUAUUAUUCUGCUGCUCUCCUGGGUCUGGCUCCAGUGGCUUUUCCUUGGGUUUGAUUUUAAAAACAUGUUCAAGUGUGGCAAGAAGAAAACAGCUAGAGAAGAGGCCUCAAUACAGGUGAUUCAGGAGGAGUACAAGAAGCUUGGACCAAUGAGCUACCCAGAAAUUGUUACACUUGUCCUAUUCAUUCUAAUGACCCUGCUGUGGUUCACCAGAGAUCCUGGCUUUAUCCCAGGAUGGUCUUCACUUUUCCCAAAGUAA